GGUGAAUGUUUUUGCGAAUUAUAAUUCCAGCUGAAAAUUUGCAUCUCAAGUGAAUAUUUAUGAAUCUGAAAACGCUAAAGUCAGGACAAUAUAUUUUCCAAACAAGCUACUUUAGUGGUAUUUGCUGGCGGGAUAUCAACUUAAGUCACUUUUGCAGUUGGCAGUGGAAUGAUUUUCUUGGCGGGAAACGAAAUGGAUUUGUGAUUUGUGAGGGAAUAAGUCACCGAACGUGGAAACGGAACAGUUUUGUUUAGCAACGAAAGAAUCCUAGCGUUGAAUUACGUUGGCUGAGAUAUUACAUAUUCCAUUUAAUCCGGAAGACUGCCAUUUGCUCUUUUGGAAGAUGUCUUGGAAUUAUUUUAACAUCUUGUGUUUUCGCUCGGUGGUUGUUUGUUAUUUUCUUUUAUUGUUACUAGUAAGAGACGUUCACAACGUACCCAAUCAUGGUGGCAAUAAUUUCUUAGGACAUCAGUACUGGAACACUCGUUACUCUUUAAACUAUCCAUCCGAUUGGGAUGGAUUCUGGAAUAAUGGAAUCGAUGGAAGAUUUGAAUACAAUCGUCAAAAUUCUGAAUCGCAAGGAAACCAAUGUGAUGGUUGCUCGUGCUCUAACAGCGACGCUAAAGUCACUUGUACUGGAUCUCCACGAACACUGUAAGUGAUUUGCCAUUAAUAUGUGAUUUGCACUUCUCUUUUCCUUAUAUGUUAUAGGUUGUUUGUUUAUAUUGUAGAAUACAGUGAAUGUGAUUUGCAACACUGCCAUAAAUCAAUUUCUUCUAUUGAUUUAUUUACUUUCGUUACAAAUCGUAAAACAAGCUCAUGGUGGCAUGAUCAAUAUUGACUUUCGUCAUUUUAAAGUUUAAAAAGGACAGUAUGUGUAUCUUUUCCUCACUUUAUUUUGCCUGCCUCUUUCUUUGUUGUUCCACAUUACUCUCCAUUCACUGUAGCUGAAUCUCAAAUUCCAUAUCAGUCAUACUUUUGAACCAUUCCUCUUUCUGCUUCUUGUCUCUUAGUUACAAAUCAGGGUCAAAAAUUGCUGAGACACUUUUUUUAAAUGGGGUACUUUGAAGUAAAAAGUAAUCUUAGGGUGCAAAGAAAGCCAGUUUUACAGCUUGCCAUAAUUUAGCAAACUCUAGCUAGCAUAUACUAGCCCCAGAGUCAUUUUAACUACCCCCCCCCCCGAAAUUUGGAUCUUUUGCCUUAUAGGGUGUGUCAACCAAUGUAUCAGUCAACAUAUCAGUUGUAUCAGUUGAUAUAUUGGCUGAGUCUCAGUCGAGUGUCGGUCGAGAAUGGGUCAAUAUAUUGGUGGAGUGUCAGUCGAUAUGUGGCUGUGACAGUUGGCCCCUAUGUCCUGUGGGUCAAUAGUCAGUUGAUACUUCACCGGCAGAUCACUGACUUUUGGCUGGCAUUUUGGUCAGUCACCUCAGUUCAGACACUAAAUGUUUCAGCUAUUAUUAGUUUUAGUUUGUUAGGCAAUAAAGAGAAAUUUUCUCAUUAUUAGGGUAUUACUGGUUUGCAGCUAAUGUUACAGGGGUCAUGCUGUUGGACGAAAACAAAGGCAUUUCUGUCAGUCCUUUGGGAACUAAACUAUUUUUUCUUGAAAAUUCUACCUAAAAUUUCGUAUUGUCUUUAAUCCACUAACAUGGCCACCUUGUCACACAGUUGCAAGCUGAGAACAAUUUAUGUACAUGUACAUGUACAGUGUUUGAAAUCUUAAUACAGAUUUAAUGUAAUCAUACCCUCCCUUAAUCCUAAUUUAAAUAUGUACUCCUUCUCAGUGUUUGUAUUUUAUUGUUAAGUACCCUGUUAAUGUUUGUGCUAAUAGCUUUCUUUCCUUUUCAGAACCAUAAGAAACAGGGUGAUACAAUCUCUUAAUCCUGAGGAUUUGAGGGACACGCUUGAGGAAAUGUAAGUACAGUGUAUAUAUGCAUUCGUGUGAUAUAAACAUAGUGAAGCUACAAAAUACAUUUUAUACAAAAGACAAGAUUAUUAGUCUUGGUUUUUCAGUCUAUACUGCUUUAUGGCCUGCAUGCUUCUUGCUUGGGCCAUAAAGAAAGCCAAAUUAUGAUGACAUACUUUGUUAGAGGCCAGGUCUGGAAACGGGUAUGGAUUUUAGUGGCCAGUUCUAAAAAUGGGUGUGAAAAUGACAUUUUUGGUCUGAAAUAGAGUGAGGAUUUGGAGAACUGGGUAGCACACCCCACCAAGAAUUCCCAGGAGUACCACCUUCCCCCCCCCCCCCCCCCCCCCCAUCCCCCCUCACUCUCUACGCGUUUUUAUUAGGUUAAAAAAAAAGUUACAGUAAUUAUGUUAAAACAACAUCAAUUUAAAUAUCUUAUAUCUUUGUUUGACAGAAUAACAUGGUUUGAGGAGCAGGGUGUGGUAAGGGGUGGUGUUUUUUUUAGAGCUGUAAAAAAAAGGGGUUGAAAAAAAGUUAUUGUGUGUAAAAAAGAGGGGGGGUUUGGGAGCACGGGCGCCCCCCCCCCCCCAAAAUCCCCCAGGGACCCCCCCCCCCCCCCCCCCCCCCCGGUGUACAUUCCUUCAUGGUUACAAUGUUACAGAGUGUGAAAGAUUAUGCUGGCAUAACUGUGAUCAUAAUAACUGUAUCUGGACCAUCUGGCAUUAUGCUGAGACAUACAUGUAAAUUUGAUACUCAUAGUCUUUAGCAUAAAGUGAUGCUGUAUGGCAGUUUUUAAAAACUGGAGGCUAAUUCCUUCUGCCGGUUCCAUUACGAAUGUACAAAGUCAGCGUGCAAAGAAAGUAGUGUCCAAUAGCCUGUGGCUGGUUGAUUUUUCUAUCAGGCAAGUGAUGUUUUUUUGAGAAAUUCAAGUGACAGAAGAACUGUGAAAUCAAUUCUGCUCAUCAAAGCAUUUUUGGGGCUAAUUCAAAUGAUGUUUGGGCUAUUUUAAAUGCUACCUUCAGCUUGCCCGAAUGGCAAGUUAUAAAACUGACUUUCUUUGCACCCUGAAAGUUGAAAAAACUGUGGGCAUUUUAAGAACUGGAUACCUCAGAAAUCCUCAGACAGUCCCCCAGGCAAUCUAAAGACUUGUACCCACUGCACAAUGUAUUUUGCUUCAUAGCUAGACUUCAUAGCCUAUGGAGCAAGACUUGUGCCAUGCCCACUGAGGGCUUGCCUUCAGUCUUCAUUUCCUGUUUUUUCUUUUUAUUUUGCAGAAAGAUUUUUAACUCUGGCUUGGAGUUUAUCAAUGCAACAACUUUCCAUAAUUUGACAAGUCUAACAACAUUGUAAGGAAAGGGUUGUAUCAAAUAGGUUGCAUGAUUAUUUUCCUAGUCUGUGCAUUUCUGCACAGAUGUGUUAUACACGAUAUGCUUCAUAUUAUAUUCUUGAUUUAAAUGUUACUUUCCUAUUGUUCUUGGGUAUGGUAAUGUAUGAUGAAAGAGAGAUUCAAAGUCAGAUUUUGGGGAACAGCAAAUGUAACCAAGUUUUCCUUUAUUUUUGUGAUACUGUUUAUUACUUCUACACCAGAAUUCGUAGUUUCACAUUAGUUUUAUCCAAAGGAAUUGGUUUGGAGUGUUUUUAUCUGCACAUAUUCUGUUUUGUGAAAAUCUCAAUUUGAAUCUGCCGUUUGCCCGUUUCCCUAAGCAUGACUCUAGAUCUCUCAAACGAGUUUGAAACGAUAAAAAAUAGAAUUUCAACCAAGGAUAACACUGAACCAAAACAUACACAAGCAAGUUAACCACUGACAGUAAAAUGUCUUGCACUUCUUUGAACUCCUUUACUCAGUACUGCAGACACUUUAAUGUACAUGAGUACCAUCGCUCAUUGUGAAGUAGUAAUAAUGUUGAGUUAUAAUUUUCUUGCAGGAAAUUGGCAAAGAAUAAGUUAACAGACUUUCCAGAUAUUUCCAUGAAUGCAGCUCUGGAAGAACUGUAAGUUAACUAGUAAACUCAUUCCUUGCUAAAUUUAUGUUGCAAUUCUGUAGAUACCUGUAAUUACACAGAAGCCAUUGUAUUUAUCAAGAUAUUCUUUUGUUGUUUGCACAAAGUUAAUGCUAAUAAGUAAAUGUGCAAUCUCAUCUGAUAGUGUAGUUGCUGGUAAGUUCACUGUAUGGUGAGUAUGUUUGGACCAUUGUUGUGAUGUUAUUGACUGUGAAUACAACAACUGGGUCUAAAUUUUAAAAAGUAGAAAAAUAUUGAUGUAACUAUUCAUUUUGUUGUGGCCAUCUGCUAUGACUCAAUUAUAACAUAUCUCUGAUAUCUGUGACUACAAAGUACAAAGUACAUGAAUAUGUGUAUUAAAUUAACUGGGACUCUGCGACAUGUAUUACGUAUUCUACAGACUACUAUCAACGUCUUACUUUAGAAAACUGGUUUACUAACUUUAACAAACGCCACUGAAUCGUAGCCAACAGUUACCAGCGCCGUACAAUCGACUUAUUGACGACAUUAAGCAAAACUAACUACGAGAGAACAACUGGAGAACUGACAAUUUGACUAACAAUAGACGACUGUUUAACUGUGGCAAUAGACGCACCAAUUACUGAUUACGAGUCUUCAGAGCCAAUAACAUCACGGCUUAACUGACAGACGACCAAUAACAUCGCGACGUAAUUGACCAAUCAGAUCAAUAACCAGAGUAUAAUACCAUCAACUGACGUNUGCAAUCUCAUCUGAUAGUGUAGUUGCUGGUAAGUUCACUGUAUGGUGAGUAUGUUUGGACCAUUGUUGUGAUGUUAUUGACUGUGAAUACAACAACUGGGUCUAAAUUUUAAAAAGUAGAAAAAUAUUGAUGUAACUAUUCAUUUUGUUGUGGCCAUCUGCUAUGACUCAAUUAUAACAUAUCUCUGAUAUCUGUGACUACAAAGUACAAAGUACAUGAAUAUGUGUAUUAAAUUAACUGGGACUCUGCGACAUGUAUUACGUAUUCUACAGACUACUAUCAACGUCUUACUUUAGAAAACUGGUUUACUAACUUUAACAAACGCCACUGAAUCGUAGCCAACAGUUACCAGCGCCGUACAAUCGACUUAUUGACGACAUUAAGCAAAACUAACUACGAGAGAACAACUGGAGAACUGACAAUUUGACUAACAAUAGACGACUGUUUAACUGUGGCAAUAGACGCACCAAUUACUGAUUACGAGUCUUCAGAGCCAAUAACAUCACGGCUUAACUGACAGACGACCAAUAACAUCGCGACGUAAUUGACCAAUCAGAUCAAUAACCAGAGUAUAAUACCAUCAACUGACGUGAUACAACUCACUUUGACUCUGAAGAUGACUACCGCUAGGUUGUCAAAACGUCAGUCACUGCCAACAACAACAGUCCUAUUCAGGACUACGUUCACCCAGACGAUCAAACUCAACCUACUUUGGAAAUGACUCCUGGGUUCAAACCUUUCACAAAAUGUGUAUUGUUUUAUGUUUGUCAGUUAGAGUAUGUUAUUUGCCUAUCAUCGCAGAGUAUUAUUUACACAUGCUUUUUUUCUUAUUAUUCAGUGACUUAUAUUCCAACCAAAUCAAACUGUACAGCCACAACUACACUACACUGCCGAAAGCUCUGAAAAGAAUGUGAGUAUUCUACUUCUUGCAUAAUUGCCUUUAUUGUUUGAUUACUGCUAGCUUUUAUUAUUCUGAAGUGUUUUUUGAAUUUUUGUGCCACACAGGUGAGUCUGUUUGUGUUGUUGUAGAUGCAUGUAUGACUGAUUUUAAGUGUUGUGAUUUGCAGUAUUCUGACUGAAAAUAACAUUGACUGGAUCCCUAAUAACUGGCUUGAUUUGCCAAACCUGGAAUACAUGUAAGUAUGUGCACUUUGCUGUCAAACUCAGAUACAUUGUAAAAACACUUAAACAAACCACAAACUACAACCUUCAACUUCUAUUGCUGCUUGUUGUUAAGUUUCUUAUGCUGGUUUGAUUUUUUACUUGCCACAAUAUAGUAUUCCAGAAAUACAUAUCAGAACCAGCUAUAAGGCUAGCCUUAUAGUUGGAACGAAAUUUACCGUUUUUGCUUUGUUUUACUUUGUAUUUGAGGGCAAUUUUCCAAGUACAAGCUCCCAGAGGGUUAUAUUUGGAGGAGCGAUUUCACCGAGGGUUUUUUGCGUUACCGGUUUGGGGGGCUUGUAUUUGGAGGGGCUUAUACAUGGAGGGGCUUAUUUUCGGAAUUUUACAGUAUGUUGUGGUUCAAUUUUAUCCUUGGUUUAAAUUAUUAUUAUUUUCCUUUGUGUUUGGGUAUGAUAAUGACUGUAUCAUAGUGAGUUUGAAACAACGCAAAAUAAAAUUCAAAGCAUGAAUAAAAUUGAACCACAACAUACAUGUAUAUAUCAGUUUGGUGAUUGCAGUUUCUAAGUUUCACAGUCGGCAAAAAUCUCAGCAACAAAUCAAAGAAAUGACUGUCUGUAGCAUCACUGUAAAUGUGUACUUGUUUUUAUUUGUAACAGAGGUCUAAGCAAGAAUCAACUGAAGGCAUUUCCGUCGUUUAUCAACUGCAAGUCACUGAUAUAUUUGUAAGUAUUGUUGCUCUGUAGUAUAGAGCAUAUAUGUAGCUGUCGUGCUGUACUGUAGUUUUUAUUCAUAUUAUUAUUAUUUGUAUUCAUUCUAGAUGCUGAAGAACAGUAACUGUUGAUAAUUAUAUGUUGGUCCACUUGAAAGAGUCUGACCAUGAAAAUAUGGUCUGUCACUACACUGAGUUCCUCUGUGACAACGAAUUUCCGCAUAGUCAAUUCCCUCUAAAUUUAGCAUCAGCAUUUAAGUUUCCUGUGGUUAUAUGAAGCUGCAAAUCACUGUUUUACAUUCUAGCUUUGUCAAAUUUACCAGUUGUAAUAUUUUAAUUGUGAUUUUGUUUGGUAUGACAGGGGAUUGGAUCAGAAUCAGAUUCCAAGUAUUAGUGUUCCUAAUCUGCAGCCUUUUUAUGGAAAUGAUUCCCAGCUUGUUCAUUUGUAAGUAAAGUCAUAACCUAGUCCAAAGCUUGAGCCUUUUGUGAGUAUCAGGGAUGUGCACCCAUCUUUUGCUCUUGGGCAACUUGAAAAUCUAUGUUUUUUUCAUACAAAUCAAAGGCUGGGUACCCUAGAUUUUACAGGUUCAGAGCACUGGGCUCCCUUAGAGCACAGCCUUGGAUUGUGGUUACUGUCGUUCAGUAAUUAUGAUACAGUUUACACUUCCUGUAUAAAAUAUUAAUAUAAUGUUCACAAUUAUAAGUGGCAUGCUGGUCAGUUAUCAGUUGAAGGUAAUUUAUGGGUAAUUCCAACUGAUGGCUCUUUACUACUUAUUUUGAAGUUCAACAUCCGCCAAUCAGAUGUUCAAGACUGUAACCUCAGUAUUUGUAUACAGCUUUUUCAAGAAAGGUUGUCGGGAAAAGUGCAUGCGACAAUCCCGAAAGGUUUUGUGGGUAGGUUUGAGUUCACUGUUUUUCAAGUAAUAUAUCAAACAUGAGAUGCAGUGUUUCAUCACCAGAUGAAACACCGAGAAGAGAGUUGAAAAUACGACGCGCAGCGGAGUAUUUUUGACGAACUUCGAGGUGUUUCAUCUGGUGAUGUACCUCAGUAUUUGUAUACAGCUUUUUCAAGAAAGGUUGUCGGGUAAAGUGCAUGCGACAAUCCCGAAAGGUUUUGUGGGUAGGUUUGAGUUCACUGUUUUUCAAGUAAUAUAUCAAACAUGAGAUGCAGUGUUUCAUCACCAGAUGAAACACCGAGAAGAGAGUUGAAAAGACGACGCGCAGCGGAGUAUUUUUGACGAACUUCGAGGUGUUUCAUCUGGUGAUGAAACACUGUGUCGAAUGUUUGAUAUUUCUUCUCAAACAAAAUUAUUUUUGAAGGAGAAAUUAGGGGUGCAAAAAUGAGCAGUUUUUCAUCUGAUAUCCAAACACUCAUUAAAUAUUAAUUUCCUUUGAAUUUUCUUUAUGAAUUAUUAAUGAGUUUGAGAAAGAAAUUUGAAUCAUGCACAGGAGAGAGACCAUAGACAGUAUGUUUGCAAGUGCUAAAGAGAAGCAAUAAAAGUAGGUCUGACAGCUACAGUGUUAAGAAACAGAGAAUUGAUUAUAUCCCACAUUACCUUUCGGCAUUGUCGCAUGCACAUUUUUUCCGACGACCUGUCUUGAAACAGCUGUAGACCUUAUCUCAUUGCUAGUCAACUGAAAUUUUUUUUAUAAACCAAUUACAGAUAAAUAAUUAUGCAUUUAGUUGAUAGGCUAUUCUUAAAAAGUUGAUGACACUGAUAUAUAGAGGAUAUUACACGGUGGCGCGAAGAUAUGAAUUUUAUUUUCGAGUGGCAAAACAAUAUUUUAAGAACGAGCGCAGCAAGUGAGUAAAAUAUUGUUUUUGCCACGAGAAAAUAAAAUUCAUAUCUUCAAGCCGCGGUGUAAUGUUCUUUUUAUUAUAUAGACAAAAAGACAUCGAUAAAAUAAUAGAGGGAAAUUGCCGAAAUUAUGUCAUCGAUAAACUCACGUGUGAGAUUAUGGAAAAUAAACCACUCGGGUCCCGGAUGUAGCGUUUAUGAAUUUUUCGAAUGGUAUAUUUUCCAAUAAAACACUCGUGUCAAUAUAAUAAAUGACAAUAAUUUGUGGUUGCAGAAAUGUAAGCAAUAACGAAAUAACGUCAAUAUCCACGGAAGCAUUCUCUGGAUUAAUCCAUCUAAAAGUUCUGUAAGUACAGUUACUGAAUGUUACAGUUUUCCUUAACGAGUGCAAAUAAUGUCAGGUCACAUUGUUUCCAGAACCUAUUGCACAGAAGAACUUACAAUGUAAACGUGCUUGCUGGUGACAAAACCAGUGUGACGUCAUUGUCUCCAUUUCAUUUUCUAUUUUCUUGUAGACAAUAGCUUUCAGCCAAUGAAGCUGCAAUAUUUUUUUUUUUUAGUUUUUAAGAAAAAAAAAACAACAAAAAUUGUAAUGUAUAUUUACAAUAUAUUUUUAGAAGUUUGAUACAGUAUGAGUUUAACUGAUCUGUUUAAUGUUAAUAAUUCACUCAACCAUUAUUAAGCUCUCUGCACAUGUAUUCAUGAGCCUCAAUGGGCUCACUUUCAUUAGUAAAUUGUGCUACGCUGAUAACGGUUUUUUUUUUGUAUCAACCAUCUAUUUAGUGUCUUCUUAAACUUGUUUUGUCUGUGUAGAAUGUUUAUCUUAUUAAAUUACGGUGUUAAUGCUUUGCGAUUUUGUUUAGUACCCAUCAGUAGAAGAGUGCAUCCUAUACUUAAAUGACGAAAGGCUAAUUCAUAAACUUCUUUGUUUCUUAAAAUAUGACGGAAUCCAAAUCAGAAGAGGUUUAAUCACUAAGCUAAGGAUGGCCCAUAUCAUACAAUAAGACUGAAAGUAGUCAGAGUAAAAGAAUUUUUUUGUUGUCAUAGAGAGCUACAUGUGAACGAUAUGGAAACCAUUGCUGCUAAGGUGUUUUAUGAAAUACCAGAGCUGCUUCAUCUGUAAGUUUGUCUUGUAGCCACGUUGCUAAUCACUUUAAUAACUCAGUUUAUAGUAUAGUAAUUAAUUUUGUGCGAUAUAUAAUGAAUAAUAAUGAUGAACAAAUGAGUAUUGAAAGCAAAAGAAGAGAAGUGUCCGUUCAAGAAAACUUAUGCACAAAACACAAUACAUUAAAAUGCAAUAAUUAGAAACAAACAACUGUGUUUUAAUUAACUGGCUAAACUGGAUUGUUGUUCCGACACCUAUAAAACUUUUUUUCUCCCCUACCAAUACCAAAUCUUGAGUAAAAAAAACUGAAAUGUUUAGCAGAAACAGAUAAUUAUAUGAAACACUUGUGCUUUAUACACGUUCCUUUUUAAAGUGACUUACGAGGAAACCGUCUGCAAAACAUAACAGCCCAAGCCUUCAGCAGUCCAUUUGAAAAUCUUCCAAAGCUUCAAGUCUUGUAAGUAUAACAGAAACCACAUUUUGCACAUAACUGUUUAAUCAGCAAUUAUUUUUACAUGAUACUGAGUAUUGUAUGAAGAAUUAUGCAGAUUCAGGUGGUGUUAUCCACCAAAGCCGGCAGCCUCUGGGAAGGGAGAGGUGGAUUUGAAUUAAAUAUUUUUUCUUUUCAUUUUUCUUUAGGAUUUUAAUGCAGCAGCAAAGUUCCUAUCAGACAACUUCUGUGAUGUACAAUGCAUUCAAGAAUCUGCCAGCUUUACGAGAUUUGUAAGUAAAAAAAUAGAGUUGAGUAUUAGAACUGCCUACUCUUAUGCAAUCUUCUCACUCAACAAGUGUCACCCUUUCAUUCCUAACCGUAAAUUUGCAUAAAUGUUAGUCACCCCCCUCAAAAUGCCAGCCAUGUUUUACAAAUGUCUAGUUUGAAAACAACUUGCGUUGACACUGGUGUUAGUUAUUUGCAUAGGUCAUAUGUCUUUUUAAAAGUCGUGACGUAGAAGACAUCAAAGGAUAAAUCAUCUGGCUGAUUAUUACAGGAUUUACAGUAUUUAAAGUUAUGGACAAGGAUUUGAAGCAAAACUUGAUAUACAUGUAGCAGUUUGAGGUUUAAAAGCUGCACCCAUGGCUUGGGAGUGCACGUGUAUGCUAAAGAAGAUGACGAUUAAAAGAAUCUUGAAUGAAGUAUGGUAGAAAACGUCAGACUCUCAUUAACAUGACCUUUCAUCUUUGUUUUGCGGUACUGCCAAGCUUGUUGCUGCUUUUUAACAGUUUCAUUUUCCAACAGGAUUUGCUUACAUUAGUUUGUUUAUUUUUUUCCAGAUGGUUGAAUGAUAAUCAGUUGCAGCAUUUUCCUCACCCCGCCCUUUCUCAAGAGACAUUUUCUUCACUGGUUUACCUGUAAGUACCCUAACCCAGACAUUCAUCUGCAAAUUAGAACUUAAAUCAUGGUGAGAUGAUACUGACUGUGAGUACUUCUACUAUCAAAAUCAACUUGCUCAAACAGCGCUAUUUUACUAGUGGACAAGGCUGAUCAGAGAUUUAAGUCGGAAACUUAGUUCAUGUAAAUCAUUUGCUUUUUUCUCUCUGUGGCUACAGCUCUUUGUGUGUAGAUUCAGGGUUCUUAUAGACUCUUGAAUUCUUGAAAAAAAUGAAUUCUUGAAAUUCUUGAAAUUUUAGACCUGGAAAAAGCGCUUAAUAUAAGAAUUUUUUCCCCGCAGUCAAAUCCCAUUCAAUCUCGCCCGUAGUCACGACAUUUAAUCACUGAAGGAGAAGUUUCAUAACUCUCUUAUGUCCGCAUUGCACUGUGGUUACUGUACGUUUGCAGAAAGCUUGGUUCCUGCGUUUUUUAAGGUUUCUAUUGAUCACUUAUUUGAUAACCUUGAGUCUGUAAGAAUAAACCAUUGUUUUGGGAAAAGUCUGGAAAAAGUCUAGAAGUUUGGAUCCAAAAAUCUGUACGAACCCUCUAGAUUGAUGGUUUUGACCUUGCCUGUGGCGGAUUUUUGCUUCAUCCCGCCAUUUCAUGAUUUGUGUCUCUUUAAUAAGUCAUUGCCUCCCAAGGAGUAUCCUCAGUUUAUGUAAAGGUGACAUCCCAUGGUGAGAUUUGCAUGGGUAGCUCCCUUUUCGGCUCCGGGGCCCCUUUCUCGAAAGUCCCAAUAAUUUACGGGCCCUGAAAGUUGUUGCUGUUUACUUUGAAGAUCGAGGUUUCGACAGUUUUGCAGAUAGCAUGUUAAAAAUAUCAGUUAAUAAAACAAAAUGGACUAGUGUGCAAGCUAGGACUUGCGCUGUUAUCCUUAGAUUUUUAAUUGAAGCUUUGAUUUCGGGCCCUAAAAGUUACGGAGACUUUCGGGAAACGGGCCCCACUGGUUACUAUGGUUUCCAUUUCCCGCCUUCUCAUUACUGGAACUGACCCUCCAUAUCCCCCUUUGCCUAUCACCAAGUCAAAGGGACAGGUUCGCGGCUAAGCGCCUGCUCAUUAAUUUAAUUACUUUUUUCAAUUCAUUGUUAAUUCUAUCAGUUAAUGAUCCCACUCAUAUGUAUCUCAGCGAUCUCCGAGUGUAUUUCAAAGUAGAGGUGUAUUUCAGAGUAACCUGAAGUAGGAUGGAGGAGUACUAAAAUCGCAGAAGGAACAGUGGAUUAUGCCAACACUACCAACGUUGAAUUUAUUGUUGACCCAAAGGUUUUGUUCCAAGGUUGAUUAAUUUACAGCUAUUUGCAAAUAUUUAAGUUGAUCAAGUGCAAGUGACUGCCAGGGGAGGGUGCAGAUUGGUUCUUUGACAACAUUAUGACAUGAUCAUGUUGCUUGCAUAGACGACACAGCAUGUACCGGCAGAAAAACAGCAUUUUGAUAAAUGAGCAUGCGCUGAACCGUGAACCUGUCACUUUAAAGAUAAGUUUAAGACUUGCACAGCGUUCAGCUUGACAAAGGGUGGCGAUUUCAGAAAGAAUUUGCUUAACAUAGGCUUCGUAAGUAAUCCAAAUCCCCUCCUGCUUCAAUUAAAUGCCAGUCACUUAGGCGCAGUGCAGAAGUCGAACUUUUUAUGUACGAAACCUAAUCCCUUCAAUUAACUACACGAAAAGGUGUUCGUUUGAAUCAGUUAAGUCCGACAUUUCUAGUUUUGGGUCGACCCAUGAAUUAAGUUCGAUUGGCCCACAUGGGGAUUUCGACUGUGGAGUGACUUCGUUUAAAGACUCUUUCAAACGUCGAACUUCUCACGUGCCUAACCUAAUGCAUAAAUUGCUAUUUAUUUUCACCAGUAAGUAUUGCGGACCAUUGUACAUCGUAAAAAUUAAUUGAGUCUAACUAAUUAAGUUCGACCUCUGAAUCAACCGUCGAACUUAUAUCAAUUGGGUCCACGUUUUGAUCUGGGCCUUACACGUGUAAAUUAUAGCAAUCUUGAAGUAGCUAGAUUUUGAAUGAAAUUAACAAUAUUUUUAAAUUAUUAUUAUCGUUGUUGUUACUGUUUUUUUGCUUUUUGUUUUAGGCAUUUGGAAAAUAAUGAGAUCAACUCAUUAACGAGCUUUUCCAAGACAGACUUUCCACCAUCACUUGAAGAUCUGCAUGCGUAAGUUUUUCGUUGUUGUAACAGAGGUUACUGGAACUCUAGUCUGCGUGGCAGGCUUUCGAAAGGGAAGGGAACGGGAAUUUUGGGCACGACCCCUCGCGCGCCUCCGCGCUUCUCUCGCUCCCGGAAUCUCCUUUUCCUCUCCUUUCAAACGCCUGCCACGCAGGCUACUGGGACUCAAUUUCUUGUCGAAAAAUAUGGAAAUUGGGAAAUGAACAGUGAGAAUACGUUUUGAUCAUCACAUUCACUUUAAGCUAUUUUGGGAGAUUUAGCCUGGUUCGUUUGUUUUGCGGUAGGUGUCACCCUGAAUCAGUACUGAUGGAGUAGUGCAACUCGCCUUGUAACUUGAGGAGCCAUAUCCACGUUUUAAUCAUCAUCAUCAUCAUCCCAAAAAGGAGCUGUUUCCAUCAACUACACAAGUAGAUAUCGCACAGACGAUAAGCACAAAGCAUUUUUAAAGUCAUUGCAUAGAGUGAAAUAUUUUUCAACACUCGAAGAAAAAUGUCGUAUCUCCGCACGGCCAUGUAGUAUCUGUUCAAUGCAAAUAAAUGAAGAGAGGUAAAGACAACGGAAUAUCAAAGUCUUGGUUACCUGGACUUUCAUCUCUGAAAGACAAAGCAAAUAUCAUUGGAUCAGUAAACUUAUUCUAGCAAUGCCAAAUGACCAGGGCCUAUCGCUAAAACACUAACUGCUUAUUGUUUUUCUAUUCAGGAGUCAAGAAAGUGUUCAUAAACCAUUUGAAAAGUUCCCCAACUUGCAAAGAUUGUAAGUCUUAAGGUUGAUUUGUUACUAAACGCCAAUGACCGGGCCCACGUACUUCACAAUUCGCCACUUUAGAAAAGAGAGGAGGACUGGUGCUGAAUUGUGUCCCGUAGUUGCUUCUGGGAUCGUUACUGGAGACGUGCCGGCAUAUGUUUUUUUCCUGUCUCUAGUAAAAUUCCCAGAAAUCUUUGCGAAAAAACUCGCCCCAGUUUCCUUCUCAUUUUUAAAGUGCCGAAUGACUUUGUUUGAAGACUGUGUGUGUCAGCUGUGUCAUAUUGUAAGUAAUAUAUUCUCACAUUGUCACCCUGACGUGCUUGUAAAACUUUCCCUGCCAAAUCGUUUUUUUAGAAUGGUAAUAUGUCGCGUUUAUUGAACGAUUUUGUAAUAAUUUUUCCCUUGAUUUUUAUAUUAUUGCUUGAUGUUUAUACUCUCCAGUUAAGGUUAACAUUUUCCUCAGACGUCUGUAAUGUAAUACAGUUGUUUUGAGGAAUAUUAAUUGGUUUUGCUGAUUUUCCCUGUGUUUCCUAGAUUUGUCCAUAAUAAUCGAAUAUCUUCUGUCCAAGAGGAAGAUUUGUGGGUGCUAAACAAUCUUCAGCAAUUGUAUGUACAAAAUAAUUGGUUUAUGCAAACAUUAGAAUAAAUCUUUGUUACUCAUUUUUGAAAAUGAUUUUAUUAUAUAGUCUUUCUGCACACUCGUGACAUAAGGAACAUUUCAUCCAGCAUGAAUUUUAUCAUUUCUCAUUAUUCAUCACCUGACAGGAUGCACCUAACAUUACUGAUGCAUCUCAAUUAUGAAGUUACCGUAUUCCUAAUCGCCUUCUUCGAAUAUUCGCCGCCCUGCCCCCCCUCCCACCACUAUAGGUAACCCGCUAUCGAUACCCAUAGUGGUAAAUCUGGAGGAUGAGGCUGAAGCCGGUGGAGUCUGAUCCAGCAAAACUGAUUAGUGAUGAUACCGAGAAUAUUCUAAUUGACAAUGAAAAUUAAUCAAGGAACCAAAUUUGGAACACUUUAAAAGCCCAUGUUCAGUUUCUUUGAUGUGAUUAUUUUUCGACUUGAUGGGAAAAUAGAGCAAAAUAUUUAAGGCACGACUUCCAAUGAACAAUAUAUUUAACAAUUAAUGAUUGAGGCUGAGUAUCGUAUGAAGAAUACGCUCUUCUCACGUAUGGUAAUAUGCCCGUCCAACCUCGUUUUCGAGUGAAAUUUCUUUUGAAAUUCAAAUACGAAAACGUCGUCCGAUUAGCAUUUCAAAAGAAGUUUUACUCGAAAACGAGGAUGGACGGGCAUAUUACCAUACGUGAGAAGAGCGUAUUAUGGAGAUCGAGGAGGGUGUUAUCCGUCAACGCCGUAUUCCGAGGCGGAUAACACCCUCC